UAUAUAUUUUUUGAUUGUGACACACCCCCCUUGCCUCCCCUCUCUACGUCCCCUCUUUCACCACCACAGCCACCACCAUCACCAUCACCACCACCACCACCACCAUCACAACAAGUCCAGACGCCAGUAGGCUAACUCAACACCGAGGGCCAGAGAGAUGAGAGUAGCGGCGGUGAUGGUGGCCCUGAUGGCCCUGGGGGGCCAGCAGGGCGUCCAGGGCCAGACAGAGUGCACUCCUGUCACCCCCAAUCAGGAUCACCCCAUCCCUGAUUUCUCAGCCACCUUGGCUGGCUCCUUCACCUUCGUCGUGGAGAUGACCAGCGAAACUCAGACGACAACCAGCUACGUGGAGGAGCGGCGAGAACGACGCGACUACCACGACUACCGCAGCGACACAGCGGCGGUGUCCGUCCUCACUGACGCUAAUACCACAGUCUUCCACUUCUACCCUGACGCCCGCAAGUUUAUCAUCCAGUACGGGGAGUUCUGUGAAAGUUCCGGGGAGGCCCCAGCGUACAACCCCUGGGGCUGGUACGACGUGGACACGACCCACGGCGACCUGAGCUAUGGUCCAGCCACCAUCCUGAGGCUCUCAGCCUUCAUCGACACCGAGUUCUUGGGAGAAGCGACUAUAGAAGGCGUGCGUAGUGAGCGCUGGAGAGCCUGUUUGGAGGGCAACAAGGUGGAGGUCGUCUACUCCUUCUCAGAGGUGCCCUGGAGCAUGCCUUACGCCAACUACUUCAGCGAGGGAGACGGCCGCCUUCCCGUACAGAUCGACGUCAAGUUCAUGGACGGGAGCGCCGCCUGGCAGUACAACGUGGUCGAGUUCCUGCCCUACGUGGGCCUCCACACCGAACUGGAGACACCCCGAGGCCUCGCCUGUGAGAACACUGUGGGCGUGGUCGCCGACCUCAAGAUCCCAGACAUCCCUUGGCACUUUAGCCUGGCCGAGGAGUAUAUCAACAACUCCGAGAUUGAAGGAAGCUCGUACGGCAAGCAGCACCUGGAUAAGCUGCAGCUGACGUACGCAGGCAACAUCUCCAUGGUAAGCCUGACCUUCACCGCCGCUGACGACGCUCCGCCCGACGCUCAGUUCGAAAUGGAAGCCAUUCACGACUUCAACACAGGAGUUCAAUACAUUCUGAACAGAGAGUUUGGCAACUGUACCCUGUCGUUCAUCCCGGCGUUCAGCUUCGACUCCCACUUUGCGGGGUUCAUUGGGUCCGGGGGUUCGUUACUCUCCCCGAACGCCCUCUUCCACAUCGACGACUCUUACGCCUUCGUCGGGGAAAGGUCGACUCGUAGCAUCGAGGGCGACCUCUACACCUCCACUCGACUCCACGACAUCCCGGACCCAACCACCAACGGCGUCGACACGUACUCGAAGGCCGUCCUCGAGUAUUACUUCUCCCAGGGUGUGGAGGUGACCCCGGCUGGCACCGUACCGGUCAACAUUCCUCUACGAGGUGACCUCUUUGUCUACAACUCUUCAAAUUUGAUGCAGGUGGUGGGGACGCAGACGACCAACUUCUACGACUUCCAGGAGAUAACUCUGUACUCUGAGCAGGAGUUCUCCGUCCAGGAGUGUUAUGAGAGGCAUGACGACCGCUGGACCAACCUGGAUAUCUUCUUCCCCGCCACGAGAGCUGAGCAGUUCGCCGUGGUGGAGGAGCAGAUCAAGAGGUUUAAACACGAGCUCAUCUUACAACUGUUAAGGAUUGGACACAUGUCUCCUGUGAGGCUCGCUGACAUUCAGGUGCAGGACGGCGUAUCAGGGGUGAUCCCCAACACCACAGACGCCGACACCAUCGUCGCCUCCGUCAGGCUGCUGGAGAGAGCUCCUUACAUCUUCUCCUACAGGUAUGAGAGACGUUUAGGGGUUCAGAGUGUAGUGGAAAGUUUAGGAGAAAUUUGCACACACCUUAUAAUUAUAAUGUCAGCUAGUAACAGAAAUGGUUCCAUUUCAAUAGCUUUGUAUUUACAAUUAUUAUAUAUCAAUGGUAGGACUUUUCGCUGCCACAAGUGCUUUAGCCGUGGUGGUCGUAUAGAUGACAUGCUUGUUCACGUUAGGCUGACAUGCUUUUCCCUCAAGACUAGGUCGCUUCUAUGCCACACUUCACCUCCUAGUCUUGCUCUUACUGCUUCCAAGUCCUCCUGCCACCACGGCCUCCUGAUCUUCCUGUUGCUACGACCUCCUAAGCCCCGACUCCUUGUCCCCAGGUCGUUCCACCACUGCGGCGAAGAGCAAGUGUGUUUCCUGAGUGCCCUCAACGGAUCCGACGGGACCAGCUUGGACCAGUACAAGAAGUGCCGCCACUGGGUCUACGACCUCUCCAAUGUCACCUUCGAGGACCCGCCCUCAGAGGUCGUCUACGACAAGAUUCUCCACGCCAUCAAUGAUAAGGAUUUCAGGUUCAGCAUUCCUUACAAGGAGGACCUAAUAGUGACCUUCGUUGCCUCUGCCAGUCUCUUCUACCGAACACCGGACCCCAACGAUGAGAUCAGGGCUCAGUUCACUCUGGAGAGCUCAGCCACCACCAUCGCUCAUCCGGACAACCUUGUCUCCAAUAUCACCCUGGUUGACCGGUGCCUGAAGCUGUGUGUAGACUGGCGGACCUUCCGCUGCGAGACUGUGGUCCACCUCAGGAGAGAGAAACAGUGUCUCAUCGUGUCUAAACACUACCACGCCAUCAACCAGACAGAGCUGGUCCCGCACACGGAGUCCUAUAUCUACUCCAGGUCGUACUUGGUGGACUACCAGCCCAUCUUGGGGGGCGUGGCCCUCACUUCCAACGGUCCCGUCUACGCCAACGUCAACCAUAUUGAGACAUGUGCUAUGCACUGCUCCACCGAGACGAGCAUCAAGUGCCAGAGCUUCGAGUGGUGCUACCUGGAGCUGGCGUGCCACCUACACCAGGAGCACUUCCUCGACGUGGCUGGCGGCGGCGGCUACGUUACCAACGCCUCCUGUAUACACUACUCCAAGAAGUCUGACGCCAUCUUCAGCCAGUACCCCCACCAGGGCAUGUCGACCGACAAGCACAAGCUGGCAGCUGUCAGGUCCGAUUCCUCCAGCUGUGCCAAGUUCUGCCUUGACGACCCUGACGAGGUGUGCCAGAGCUUCGACUUCUGCUCGGAGUGCCACCAGGAAGAAUACGGAGUGUGUGGGGAGGAGAAUGAGGGUGCCAGGGGCCUGUGCUUCCUCGGCACUCACCACCUGGGUGAGAAGGGCCUCAAGCUCCUCACUGCGACAACAUGCGACCAUUAUUCACGUGACCUCUUCGGUGACCUGGAUUACGCCAGUUGGCUCGCCCAGCAGCAGCAGAAUGACAACCAGUAUACCCCAGGAGACAUGACAUGGCUGGCCUUCGGCAUGAUCUUCCUAGGUAUCCUUCUAGCCAUAGGGUUCCUGGGGCUGAUGGUGGCCUACAGGCCGGGCUCCGUCCCCAAGGACCUCUCCAUCACCUACGUCAACAUCAAGACAUCCGGGGUAUCGGAAAUUUAACUUCAUGGAGCAUAAAUGAAAAUUUUGUUAUGUUUAGUUUUAAGAUCUCCCGCUAGAGGAGGUGAUCGUAUUCAGCAGUCAGGUGUUGUGGGUCGUGGUCCAACUGAGCAUCUUUAGUGUUAACUACUAGUGAGCGGGUUCAGUUGCCUUCUUAAUAUUAUAGAUCUCUGUUCCCCUCUGCAAACCUUAGAUCUGAUUACAUGUUUAUAACAGUAUUUUCCAUGUUUUUCUAAAGUAUUUUAUGACUAUUAUUACAAUCAACAAAAUUAUUUGUGAAUAUAAUAUAAUUAUAU